CUCAGAGAGAGAGAGAGAGAGAGAGAGAGAGACAUUGCUGCUAACGGUUCAGUCAGCUGAGAGACACAGAGGAACAUUUAUCCCCUUGUUACGGAAAAGCGAAGUACAGUUGCACAAUACUGGUUGGGAGGGAAAAAAGAAACAAACAGAUCAGCAUUAUGUUCAGCUGGGUGAACAAGGAGCAGGGUGGAAGAAACAAGGAGGGCGACAUGUUUCAAACGGUGACUGAGGGACUUCAGAGUCUCUAUACUAAAAAAUUACUGCCUUUAGAAGAAGCUUACCUUUUCCACGACUUCCACUCACCGGCGCUGGAAGAAGCGGAUUUUCAGAGCAAACCAAUGGUCCUUUUGGUGGGGCAGUACUCCACAGGAAAGACCACUUUCAUAAGGUAUUUGCUGGAGCAGGAUUUCCCUGGUAUGCGGAUUGGGCCUGAGCCGACGACAGAUGGCUUCAUUGCUGUGAUGUAUGGGGAGAGCGAGGGAGUUGUACCUGGAAAUGCGCUGGUGGUGGACCCCAAGAAGCCUUUCCGGAAACUCAAUGCUUUUGGAAACGCUUUUCUGAACAGGUUCAUCUGCUCUCAGGUCCCUAACCAAGUCCUGCAGAGCAUUAGCAUCAUUGACACACCGGGCAUCUUGUCUGGAGAAAAACAGCGUAUUAGCAGAGGCUACGAUUUCUCGGAAGUUCUGCGAUGGUUUGGUGAGCGUGUAGAUCGCAUCAUUCUCCUCUUUGAUGCCCACAAGCUGGACAUCUCUGACGAGUUCUCUGAGGCAAUCAAGGCCUUCCGUGGCCAGGACGACAAGAUCCGUGUGGUUUUAAACAAGGCUGACCAGGUGGACACACAACAGCUGAUGCGUGUCUAUGGGGCCCUGAUGUGGUCUCUUGGCAAAGUUAUCAACACCCCGGAGGUGGUGAGGGUGUACCUGGGGUCCUUCUGGGCCAAGCCCCUGCAGAACACAGACAACCGCCGGCUCUUUGAGGCUGAAGCACAGGACCUCUUCCGGGAUAUCCAGGCCCUGCCACGCAAUGCUGCCCUGCGCAAGCUCAAUGACCUCAUCAAAAGAGCCAGACUAGCCAAGGUGCAUGCUUAUAUCAUCAGCUAUCUGAAAAAGGAGAUGCCUUCUCUGUUUGGGAAAGAAAAGAAGAAGGAAGAGUUAAUUGCACACUUACCUGAGAUUUAUCAAAUGCUGCAAAGAGAGCACCACAUCUCACCUGGAGAUUUCCCGAACGUCAACAAGAUGCAGGAACAACUCAUGCACUAUGACUUUAGCAAGUUCCCCUCCCUGAAAAUGAAGCUGAUUGAAUCAGUGGACAAGAUGCUAAGCAACAAGAUUGCACAGCUGAUGAACAUGAUCCGAGAGGAGGAAGGCAAACAGCCAGCUCAGAUGGUGAUGGGCGGGGCUUUCGAAGGCUCUGAGGAUGGACCAUUCGGCCACGGCUAUGGCGAGGGCAUUAGUGCUGGAGCAGAUACUGAAGACUGGAUUGUGAGUCGUGACAAGCCACGGUACGAUGAGAUCUUCUACACACUGAUGCCCAUCAAUGGCAAAGUGACCGGUGUCAAUGCCAAGAAGGAGAUGAUGAACUCACGACUGCCCAACACCGUGCUCGGAAAGAUCUGGAAGCUGGCCGACUGUGACAAAGAUGGCAUGCUGGACGAUGAGGAGUUCGCCUUGGCUCAGCAUCUCAUAAAGGUUAAACUGGAGGGCUAUGAACUCCCUUCAGAGUUACCUCCCCACCUUGUGCCCCCUGGCCACAGAAAGAACCCCACUGCAGACAUCUUGUACAAUCAUCAGGACGACUAAGACCCCAAAUGUGAUCACAGCAAAAACACAUCUGUUCAUACAUAAACAUUACUCAACAAUUCACAGUCUCAAUGGAAUGAUUCAACUAAAUGCUAAUGUGGAUAACAAUAAAUAACAUUUUUCCGUUGCAAAUUUUGUUUUAUAACGAUUGUGCCUUAGGACAGAUUUAUGAAAAAGUACAAACUAAUGUUAUUCUUAACAUGUGUACCACCUGACCACUUCACAAAAGGAAUUUACUUUUUAAAAGAGUGAUCUCAGAUUUUGGUAGAAAGCAGUUUGCUUUUGACAAUUCACACUCUACACAUACAUUUCACAUAGUGAUCAACAACAAUCUUUCAGAUUAAAUAUUGUGAUUCUUAAGAGAGUUAACGGUGCCAUAACUGCAGCCAAAGUAAAUUAUCCAGCAAACAAAGAAGCUGUGUAGAUGGGAUACCAUAUUCACACACACAGCAUGCACACACUAUAAAUCCAAAGGUAUGUGGACACCUGACCAUCACACUCGUAUGUGGAUCUUCCCCAAACCGUCACGAUGAAGUUGGAAGAACACAACUAUAUAGGAUUUGUAUGCUGUAGCAUUAAAAUUUCCAGUCCCUGGAUUUAAGAGGCCCAAACCUGUCCUAGCAUGACAGUUCUCCUGUGAGGUCCAUAAAAAACAUGAUGGAAGACUUGAGUAGGGUCUGCACUGAGCCCUGACCUCAACCUUUCCGAACAUGUUAGGGAUUAAUUGAAAAACCGAAUUCAUGCCACACCUUACUGCCAGAAAUCUGUGCCCAACCUCCUGUAAUCUUGUGGCUGAACGGGUACGAAUCCCUACAUUCAUGGUCCAAAAUUUAGUAAAAGAUCUUCUUAGAAUUCUCCUUAUUAGUACUUAUGGUUUAGAAUGAGUUAGGUGUCCACAUAUUUAUGGUCAUAUAAUGUAUUUUUAUUGAAGUUGUUGUCAGGUCAUCAGGUAUGAUGUGUGAAAGGGAUGGUUUAUUAGUAGAUACUGAUCAUUUGUCUCUGCAGAUCAAUCACUCAGUCUAGGUAACACAUGAAACAUAUCAUUUAAUCAAACACUGAAAAUGCUGAAAGGCUACCAAAAUAAAUCUAAUUGCAUCUGAUAUUGAAUAUUUAAUUAUUUUUUUUUGUAUAUUCCUAAAAUCUGAAAAAAGAUUUAGAAGCACACUGAGUUUGAUCACAGAUGCAACAGAGGUGAAGCUAAGGAAUGAGGAAACUGGCAGUGUAAUUUACAUGCGCUGAUUUACAAUCAGAUUUAACCGUACAUAACUUUGAUGGAUAAGGGCCAAUGUUCAUCUGAAGGUUUUAAUUGGUAAGCUUAAAUUCUGAAGUCAUUAUAUACAUUACAGUGUAUAUUUUACCAACAACAAAAAACAUUGUUAAUAACUCUUAAUGCUAAAAAUCAGUUGCUCCUGAUAGUGUUGCAAUGGGAUUCCAGCUCAUGCCUGUUGGUCCAGGUGAAGCGUUGUGUUGGAUAAUAAACUGUAUAAUGGAAAUCGAAUUACCUUUAAUGUAUAUUAAGAUAUAAAUAUAUUCAUCUAGACUUAAAAAAGCAAAUUGCACUAAACAGACAUCGUUUCUUGCUGAUGUUAGUGUAUUAUGGAUCUCAGCGAGUCACAAUUGCUUCAGUGUCUCAUGAGAAAUUAGUGUGAUUUGUACAUUUAACAGGAUAAUUGUUCAACGCUAACUGGUCCUCAUCUUUAUUUAAUGCAAGUCUGUAUCUGUUACACAGUUUUGUUGGUGUUAUAAUUCCCUCCAGUGUUACAUCACACCAGAUGCUCAGUGCUCAGUGGUGUAGAGUUACACCCCGACCUACUCUGUAGCUCCAAAGCAUUGUUAUUAACAGUAAUCCCUCAGCACAGCAAUGCCCAAUUUUACAUGACAAAAUAUUGUAUUUUUACAGUGUUUUACAAAUAUUUGUCUUCAACUGACUACUUCUCUUUGCAGUCUGUGUUUAUGAAGAGAUAAGCUCUUUGAGGACACAGAAAAUUGUCUAUUCCAGCCAUUAACAUCACUGUCUAUGUGCGUAAUGUAGAACACUUUCAGCUUUAAGUAAACAGAUUUAGCUUGUAUUGAGGGGGAAAGUUUAAAGCAUAAAGAAUGUCUCAUUGUCUGCUUACUAACCAUUGAAAUACUUGUUCAGUUGAUGCAGUUUAUUAUAACUAAAUGGGUAACAUUUGAUGAUUUUGAUUUUCAUAAAUAUUUCAUUUUAAUCAUUCUAAUACUGUGCCUAUGCAACCUGAUUUGUCUAAGUUUAUUGUGCAUUUCUCUACAAAUAAUGUGGAAAUAAAGUAAUUAUACUUGUUUUAGCUUUUGAAAUGGUUUUCAUUUCAAAAUGACUGUGAUUCUUUGCUAAUACUAUUCAUGUUGCUUGUACUGGCAUUUUAAUGUCUAGCUCAUCACUGAAUGUAAAGAAAUAACGUGGAUGUAUUCCUGUUUAAAAUAAAGGAAUAUGAAGAAUAAUAUUUAACAAUUAAAUUUGUUUUUUCCUCAUGA